GAUUUGACUGUGUAUACUGUAUAAUACUAAUUGUUUACAAUGAAAAAUUUUAAUAAUAGGAAAUCCCUUAUUUUAAUUGAUAAUUCCACGGAAAGUUUCAGAUUUCAUACAGUUGAAAAUUUGUUUAUGCACAAAUACACUAUUACAAUUGUAUGAAUAUGCAGGGAAACUCUGUUCUCUCACAAAGAUUUCAUAAUCAUAUUAGAUUUUCAUUAAAUUCAUCUAAUACGUAUUGUCAACUGCAGUUUAGUAAGUGCAAUUUAAGAUCGUGGAAUCGCGAAUUUUCGUGUUCAUUUGCUGCCAAGCCUUUUAAUUUUGCUCACAGAAGAGGAUUUUUUCUAUUUAAGGUGCUUGAAAAUGUUCGGGUACAUGCAACUGCUGCUGAAACCGACCAACCAAAUUGGUGGGAAAAGAAUGCUGGCCAAAAUAUGAUUGACAUACAUUCGACGGAAGAGUUUUUAGAUGCUUUAAGUCAAGCUGGAGAUAGAUUAGUCAUUGUUGAAUUUUUUGGAACGUGGUGCGCAUCUUGCCGGGCGCUGUUUCCUAAGGUAUGCAGGAUUGCAGAACAACACCCAGAAAUCAUCUUUCUCAAGGUGAACUUUGAUGAGAACAAGUCCUUGUGCAGAAGUUUGAACAUAAAGGUCCUUCCAUAUUUUCACUUUUAUAGGGGAGCUGAUGGCCUGCUGGAAUCAUUUUCGUGCUCUCUCGCAAAGCUCCAGAAAUUGAAGGAUGCCAUUGCAACCCAUAACAAAGCUCAUUAAGACCAGGGUCAGUCGAAAGAUAACAGUGAUAGACGUCAACAUCUUCCUGUAAUAUCUGCAGCGCCAGAAGACAAAGAAGUAUAAUCGACUUUGUUACACUGUAUUAUAUCACUGCUGACCUUGGUCGUGUUAUGGCUUUAUUCUUACUUUCUUUUGGGUUAAAGAAAAAAAGGCCCUCUGUACAUGCUUCUCUAUAAAAGAACUCAGAUUCAAUUAUAUGUCCAUUCAUAAUUCGUGUAACACUUACUGCAGAAGCACUCUACUUUAUUACCUAUUUGUAUAUAAAUAAAAAAAUGUGAUGUAAUUGCUGGUUUUA